CCUUGCCUUUUUACCGUGGGAAACAGCCUGGCUUGAACCCUGUUGCCUGGCAACCUUGCCUCCUCAAGAUGAGGCUCCAGUGGUCCAACAAGCAGCCCUCAGCAGACAGAUAGAACAGGUUGGUGGUCCUGAGAGGAUGAGAGACCCAAGGAGGUGCACUCCCCACCCCCAUGGAUGUGGCAGUGCCCAAGGGUGGGGUGAUAACUGUUUCUCCUAUAUUCUGAAGGACUCUUGUCGGGAGAGCCAUGAAUUCCUAGCAUUCCCUGUGCCAGGACAGGGCUGGGAGAGGGUGUGAGCCCCACCUAGGGCGGAGGCCACAGCAGUGAGGGGCAGACAAAGGCAGGAGCCUGGGAAGAAAGCAGGAUGGCAACAGGGGCAACGGUCGGAGCCUGGGCGCUGGUCCUCAGUCUGUGGGGGGCAGCAGUAGGCAGUCGAAACCUCACAGCCCAGAUCGGGAAGCCACUGGUGCUGAACUGUAAGGGUGCUCCCAAGAAACCACCCCAGCAACUGGAAUGGAAAUUGAACACAGGCCGGACAGAAGCUUGGAAGGUCCUAUCUCCCCAGGGAGGUCCCUGGGAUAGUGUGGCUCGAGUCCUCCCCAACGGCUCCCUCCUCCUGCCGGCCAUUGGGAUCCAGGAUGAGGGGACUUUCCGGUGCCGGGCAAUGAGCCAGAAUGGAAAAGAGACCAAGUCCAGCUACCAAGUCCGAGUCUACCAGAUUCCUGGAAAGCCAGAAAUUGUUGAUCCUGCCUCUAAACUCACAGCUGGUGUCCCCAAUAAGGUAGUGGAAGAAAAUGGGAGUAGAACGUGGUCCCGAGAAUGGGAGGGGAGUGUAGCUAAGUGUGUAUGGAGUCUCUUAUUUUCAAAGAUGAUGAGGUCACUCUCUUUCCCCAGGGGGACAUGUGUGUCUGAGGGGGGCUACCCUGCAGGGACUCUUAGCUGGCACUUGGAUGGGAAACCCCUGAUACCUGACGGCAAAGGAGUGUCUGUGAGGGAAGAAACCAGGAGACACCCUGAGACAGGGCUUUUCACACUCCAGUCAGAGCUGAUGGUGACCCCAGCCCUGGGAGGAGCGCCCCACCCUACCUUCUCCUGUAGCUUCAGCCCUGGCCUUCCCCGGCGCCGAGCCCUGCACACAGCCCCCAUCCAGCUUAGUGUCUGGGCCCCAGAGCCUGUGCCUCUGGAGGAGGUCCAAUUGGUGGUGAAGCCAGAAAGUGGAGCAGUAGCUCUUGGUGGAACCGUGACCCUGACCUGUGAAGCCCCCACCCAGCCCCCUCCUCAAAUCCACUGGAUCAAGGAUGGCACGCCCCUGCCACUUCCCCCCAGCGCAGUGCUGCUCCUCUCUGAGGUAGGGCCUCAGGAUGAGGGAACCUACAGCUGUGUGGCCACCCAUCGCAGCCACGGGUCCCAGGAAAGCCAGGCUGUCAGCAUCAGCAUCAUUGAAACAGUCGAGGAGGGGUCAACUGCAGGCUCUGUGGGAGGGCCAGGGCUGGGAGCUCUAGCCCUGGCCCUCGGGAUCCUGGGAGGCCUGGGGAUAGUCGCCCUGCUCAUUGGGAUCAUUAUGUGGCGAAGGUGGCGACACCAAGGAGAGAAGAGAAUUUCCCCAAUCUUCCUCCCCAGGAAGGCCCCAGAAAACCAGGAGGAGGAGGAGGAAGGGCGUGCAGAGCUGAAUCAGUCUGAGGAGCCUGAGGCAGCCGAGAGCAAUGCAGGAGGGCCUUGAAAGGCCCACAGCCACCCCCAUCCCUCAGCUCCCUUUUCUUUUCCCCACACUCUGUUCUGGCCCCAGAUGAGUUCUCCCCUGUACAACCUCCACUCACCUCACCAAACUUUCUUCCACAACCAGAGCCUCCCAUGAAGCGCGAUGAGUAAACAACUGACAAACCUUA